CUUUUCUUUCCCAAAAAAAUAAAAAAAAAUAAAAAAAAUAUAGAGUUCAUAAUUAAAUAGUAUUUUAUACAAUAAUAUACAAUAAUUUACAAAAUAUUUAUAAAUAAUCUCAAUAACAAUCUUCUAAUUUUAAUAUCUUUUACUAACUUAGUAUUUUUUAAUAAUUUUUUUAUUUAUAUUAAUAAAUAAUAAUAAAUAAUAAUAAUAAUAUUUUAUUUUAAAAAGGGUUUUUAUUAUUUAAACAUUAUAUAAUUUAUAUUUUAUAGUUUUUAUAAUAAUAAAUAUUCAAUAGUAAUAAUGGAAACUAAUUUUGUAUCAUCAGCAUUAGCUGGUAUACAAAACAGAUCCGUUAGAAGAAAUCUUGAUAGACUCAAAGCUCUUUUCUCGGGUGGUCAACAUCAAUUAAGUGGAUCCAUCGGAAAAAAAGUUUUGGUUUUGUUAGCUCUUGGUGGUGGUACAUUCUCUUUAAUUAAAUUCUAUAAAGCUAAAAAUCAAGGUAAUAAGCAAAGUGGUUUAAUUAUCGAUUUAAAAGAUAAAAAUAAUAAACAAGAUAAAAAAAGAAAUGUUACCAGAGUUGAUGCAGUCUUUUUUAGACGUUUAGCAAAGAUUAUAAGAAUUUGCAUUCCAUCAUUAAAGAGUAAAGAAUUUUUAAGUUUAUUAUAUUUAACAGCAUUAUUAUUUGCCCGUACAAUGUUAUCAGUAUCAAUUGCUGAAAUCGCUGGUAAAAAUGCUCAAAAUCUUGUAGCUAGAAAAUGGACCGAAAUGAGAAAUGGUGUUCUCAAGUUUGCCCUUGUUUCCAUUCCAGCUUCAUUUGUUAACAGUUCACUUAAAUAUGAAACCGAUAUGUUGGCACUUCGUUUCAGAAAGAGAUUAUCCGAAUAUGUUCACAAAGAAUAUUUAGAAGGUGUUAAUUUUUAUAAAGCUUCCCAUUUAGGUGGUGCAGAUAGAAUUGAUAAUGCCGAUCAAAGAGUAACAUCAGAUAUCGAACAGUUUUGUAAUUCUAUGAGUAAUUUAUAUACUACUUUAUUCAAACCAUUUUUAGAUUUAGUAUUAUUCACCAGAAAACUUGUAGUUGUUAUGGGUUGGGGUUCACCAUUAUUAAUGUUUGGUUAUUUCAUUGUUUCAGGUUUCUUGAAAAAGAUUAUUAUGCCACCAUUUGGUAGAUUAACUGCUAAGCAAUCUGAACUCGAAGGUAAUUAUCGUACUGUUCAUCAAAGAUUAAUUACUAAUGCUGAAGAAAUUGCCUUCUAUGAUGGUAGUCGUAAAGAAAGACAAAUUAUAAAUUUAUCAUUUGGUGAUAUCUAUAAUCAUACCGGUUAUGUUAGUUACCUUAAGUGCUUAGUUGGAAUUUUUGAUGGAUUUUUAGUUAAAUAUUGUGCAUCAAUUGUUGGUUAUGGUUGUAUGGUAUUACCAAUCUACACUGGUAUCAGAGGUAGUUCAAAUAAAGAUUCAACUGAAUUAACCAAAGAUUAUAUUAGAAAUACUCAAUUAAUGGUUGCUUUAUCACAAGCCAUUGGACAACUUGUAUUAUUAGGUAAUAAGGUAACCUUGAUGGCAGGUUAUACUUCACGUGUUUCAGAGCUCUUAGAAAUGAUCAAACAAAUUAAGGAACGUGGUACAUCACAAUUUACUAUUGUUCACGAAGAUGAAAUUCCAGUUAGUGGAGGUGGUACUUUUGUCGAAGGUGAAUUCAUUAAAUUUGAAAAUGUUUCAAUUGUCUCACCAGAGGGUAAAUUAUUGGUCGAAAAUUUAGAUUUCCAAGUUAUGCCACACCAAAAUGUUAUGAUUACUGGUCCAAAUGGUUCAGGCAAAAGUUCAUUAUUUAGAAUUUUAGGUGAAUUAUGGCCACUUCAUUGCGGUACUGUUAUCAAACCAAGAAAAGAAGAUAUCUUAUUUGUACCACAAAAACCAUACCUCGUUUUGGGAACUCUCCGUGAUCAAAUUAUCUAUCCACAUAGCCACGACGAUAUGAAGAGAUUAGGUGUUACCGAUGACGAUCUUCAACAUCUCUUGGCUACCGUCGAUCCAAAUCUUACCAUUAUUAGACAAUGGAGUUGGGAUGACACUAAAGAUUGGUUCACUGCCCUCUCUGGUGGUCAAAAACAACGUAUUGCCAUGGCUCGUCUCUUUUAUCAUCGUCCACAAUAUGCCAUCCUUGAUGAAUGUACUAGUGCUGUAAGUGAUGAAGUUGAAGGUAAAAUCUACGAAACAUGCAAGAAAUUAGGCAUCACCCUUUUCACUGUUUCACAUCGUCCACAAUUAAGAGCUUAUCACGACUAUGUUUUAUUAUUUAAUGGUAGAGGUGGUUGGGAAUGGUCUAAAAUUGAUCACUCCGAAGAUCAUUUAAAAAAACCAUUAUCACAUUAAACUAAACAGUAAAUGGUAACAAAAAAUAAAAAAAAAAUAAAAAAAAUUUUAAAGUAAUUGCUAAAUAUUAUCCAAUUU